ACGCUGAGUUCUGUGAAAAAGAAAAUAUUUGACAUUGUUCUUCUGCAAAACAUAUUGGGGUAGGGAUGCAACUGGGUGGUGUUACUUUGUUUUUCUUAUUCAUCUUCAGUUUGCUUCCUUCACAGUAUGGCGCUGAAGUAUAUAACAUAACUCCUUCACGCCCAUUAGCAGAGGGACAAACUCUAGUCUCUCCUGGCCUAAGAUUUGAACUGGGCUUCUUCAAUCCUAAUAGUUCUGCCAAUAAGUAUGUGGGCUUGUGGCACAAAAGUAUAUAUCCCCGUAAAUAUGUGUGGGUGGCUAACAGAGAUAAUCCUCUUGCGGCUAGAGACACCUUCGUUAGUUUGAGAAUUGGCAGCAGCGGGAGUCUGGAGCUUGUAGAUGGGAAACAGAUUUCUGUCUGGUCCGCCAAUAUAUCCAAUUGUUCAUCUGCAGUUCUCUUGGAUAAUGGAAACUUUGUUGUCAAAGAUGAUAUGGGAGCUCAUAUGUGGGAGAGUUCCAAUAAUCCGAGCGACUCACUUCUGCCAAGCAUGGUGGGAAAACAGAUUUUCUUGACAUCUUGGAGAAGUGAUAAUGAUCCAUCAACGGGGAUAUUCAAGGCCGGAUAUUCAGCAGAGUUGCCAUCACAAUCAUUCAUUUGGAUUAAUGGAUCUAUUCCCUACUGGAGAAGUGGGCCUUGGGAUCAAUCAAAGUAUAUUGGUGUGACACCGGGAACAAGGUAUAACUCUUACAGUUUUAACAAAAUUCCAGGUGACAAAAUUUUUAUAUAUAUAGACAUAUCUUCAGAAGGAGUACUCAGGAAAAUGUUUUCAGAAAGUGGGAAGAACUGGUAUCUUGACUGGGAGUCAUGGAAAAGCCCAUGCGAUAAUUAUGGCGCCUGUGGACCUUUUGGGGUUUGCACAGCUUCUGACUCUCCAAUCUGCAAGUGUUUGAAAGGGUUUAUACCCAAGUCAAAUGAAGAAUGGAGCAAAAGAAACUGGAGCGGAGGUUGUGUGAGACGAACGAAUUUGUCUUGUGAGACUAACACAAAUGAUUCAGUCUCAUCAAAAGGAAAAGAUGGGUUUUUGAAGUUGGAAAGAGUGAAAGUACCCGAUUUUCAUGAAUAUCUGAAUUCUGUGUCUCUAGACAAGCUCGAGGACUGCAAGAUACAGUGCCUGAGUAAUUGUUCUUGCCUGGCUUAUGCAUAUGUUGAUACCAUAGGGUGUUUAGUCUGGUCCAAAGACCUUAUUGAUAUGCAGAAGUUUCCAUCUCUUGGAGAAGAUCUUUACAUCCGCCUAGCACCCUCAGAACUAUAUGAAGAAAAGCCGAUAAAGUUAAUUGCCAGCCUUACAGCUAUUGGAUUUAUGAGUAUCUUGAUUGCAAUAGUCUUUAGUUUGCACAGGUGGCGUGCCAACCAAAAGCGACACGUUGGAUUAACAGCAUGGCGCUUGGAAACAACUAGUAUGAUUAAGAUUCAAAGAGAUGGUCUUCGAGAAUAUAUGGGACAACAUGAUUUCCCGAAGCUAAAGAUAUAUGAUUUUGAUAGCAUAUCAAUCGCCACGGACAACUUCAACAUAACAAACAAACUCGGUCAAGGAGGCUUUGGCCCAGUUUAUAAGGGGAUGCUACCGGAAGGGAAGGAAAUAGCAGUAAAAAGACUAUCCAGUAGCUCAAGACAAGGAGUUGAAGAGUUCAAGAAUGAGAUGUUGUUGAUCUCUAAUCUUCAACACAAAAACCUUGUUAGGAUGAUGGGUUGCUGUGUUAAAGAGAAUGAGAAGUUACUGAUCUACGAGUUCAUGCCAAACAAAAGCUUGGAUACUUUUCUAUAUGAUCUGACGAAGAGAGCAAUGCUUGGGCUUCACGCUUUAAUAUUAUUCAGGGUGUUGCUAGAGGGCUUCUUUAUCUCCAUCAGGAUUCCUAUGUGAAGGUGAUACGUAGAGAUUUAAAAGUCAGUAACAUUCUC